GGGGUGCUGACUGGAAUAUGGCAUUGAAUAGAUAUAAAGAAAACAGGCCACCUGUUUUAUGUGGGUCUCAAUAACUGGGGCUCAGCCACUCCUGGUGGCCUCCUUUCCACCUGCUUGGACAAGAUCUCUUUACUCCGCUUCCACUCUAUGCAGGUUCACCAGCAUUGCACCUUCAGCUGCAGCUCCGCCCAAAUGCCCUGAGGCUUUUUUGGAUACAGCUAGGCAGGCCUGGGAACUCCCCCAACCUAGCAGGCAUGGCUGGAGGGCAGACUCUCCUUUGCCUCUUGCAUACUGGGAUAUAAAUCCAGCCUUGAUUCCUUGACUGCACCGAGAAUCCACUCUAAACUCAGCAGCAUGAAGUCCCAUAUCCAUAAGAGGAGCAGAUCCCAAACCUGUACUGAAAUAAGUUCCGGCUGGGGACUGUGUGGAAGGAUGGCUGCUGCAGAACCCCUGACUGCCUUCUCACGGUGGUACCUCUAUGCCAUUCAUGGCUAUUUCUGUGAGGUGAUGUUUACGGCUGCCUGGGAGUUUGUGGUCAACUUUAACUGGAAGUUCCCAGGUGUCACCAGUGUCUGGGCGCUCUUCAUCUAUGGCACCUCCAUACUCAUCGUGGAGAAGAUGUACCUGUAUCUGAAAGACAAGUGUAACAUUUUAGUGCGAUGCCUAAUUUACACCCUCUGGACAUACCUUUGGGAGUUCACAACUGGCUUCAUCCUGCGCCAGUUUAACGCCUGCCCUUGGGACUAUUCACAGUUUGAUUUUGACUUCAUGGGCCUCAUCACCCUAGAGUAUGCCAUCCCAUGGUUCUGUGCUGCGUUCAUCAUGGAGCAGCUGGUUAUCAGGAACACCUUGCGCUUGCGAUUUGAUGAAAAUGCUGAGCCAGGGGACCCCACCGCCACAAUCGCCUUGGCCAACGGCCAUGUCAAAACCAAUUGAACAAUAACCCAAUACCACACUUAAAGUGAGAGAGCCCACCCACAUCCCAGACUGGUCUCAAAGACUGAUACUUCCUGUACGAUACACAAUCCCCUUUAUGAUGGGGGCAUGCAUGGGAUAUAGCAGAAUAAAAAUGGAACCAAUAGAUUUUCUAUGGACUUUAUGUUUUUGGCCAUAAGAAGCAGUGUCAGCUACUUGUUGGUUAGGUAGUUUCUGACUUUUAAAUUAUUAUGGAAAAAAAAAGUCCUGUUAGCUGCAUUUUACUGGAUGUGGAGAAAUGAGAGAAAAUGCUACAGUUGAAAUGUAUACAAAAAACAAACUAGUGGAUGGGCAUAGACGCCCCGGCUAAAUUAGUGAUUUGGCUUAUUCCAUUAGGCAAUAUUCAGGUGCUUGCUUGCAACCAAUACCUCCCAUGGGACCUGAGAUGCUGCAGGAUCAAGGAAAAUCCAUCUGCUGUUGAGAACGACCCAACAGUGGUGCUCUACUGGGGAGAUAGACAGCGCCCCCUCUCGUGGUCUCCCUGACCUUCCCCUGAGGUUCUUUAUUGCACCAUAGUAUGUUAUGGUGCUGGACAUCUUGCUGGAUUUAUAUGAAACUUGUACUUUUUGAAUUUUCAGUCCUGAUGCUCACUCGAGAGUUUUCCCCACUCCUUUUUAUAAAUAAAAGGCCUUUUCUGCCGGGUGAAUUCCACCAUACUCUGUGCAAUCUGAAUCACGGCAAAGUGGCCAAAGAGAGAAAGAGCUCAAGUCUUCCCCUCACAGUGGAACUCAUCACAAGAGCUGCUCCAAGCUCCAGCUCCAUUUCCGACCAGGCAAACCCAAUGGAGAUGUAAACGCCACCUGGGGUUUUCUGCCUUCCUUCCCAGGGAUUUCUCUGUCACUAAAGAUGCUGAUGACUUAAUUCUGACUGUAGCCCCUUGCACUGCCUGAUGUCAAAGUCCUCAUUUGACUAAGGCAGCAACCAGGAAUCAGUCGGAGUCCUCUGGGACAGACUAUAUCACCGGUGUCUGUUUCCUCCUGCACCAGUUGAUCUUGUCUCAGCUUGGCCCAGUGUUCUUUUCUGAGUACUGACUUUAUUUUCCCUUCCCAAAUGCUAUUUUAAACUAAGUACAGCAAACCCUCUCCAUAAAGCUGAUUUGGAGCAGCACAGGAUGUGCCUCACUGCCUGAUAUCAGGGAGUAUGUUAAAAAAGAAAGUUUCUAAGGAGCACAGUAGAGCUAUUCCUCAAUUUCUUCCAGAUGAGGAUAAGGUUGGGUUGUGAGAGGGGCAGCAGGAAGGUGGAAGGGCUGCAAGGUACUGUUGCUCUAUUUUAGAGCUAUCUCAGCUAAAGAGAGUUUCAAAUUUAGCCACUUGGAAACAAUUCUGAGGCUACUGGGGCGGUGGUGGCAUGAAAGAUGCAUAGCUGUGGAAGCCACACAUUAAUUGUUUGUCCUGAGGACUCUUCUUGGCUGCUGGCAUAAGCAACAACGAUGCAUUGUACCACAUGGCAGUCUUCUCUCACUUAGAGCUUUAUGAGGAGGGUGUGCUGUAAAUAGGAUAUGGGGCCUGAUUAUUUCCAGGUGUCAUUCCACCAAAGUCAGUGGCAUUGCACCAGCAAUGAAUUUAGUUCAAGAUGUGAAUGUGUGCGUGAUUGUGGAGUCUCUCUUUUCUGUUGUGUUGGGAAUGGCUGGAUUAUUACCAUGUUGCUCCAUGACUGUUCUCUCUAGCCAGCACUCAGCCCAUAAAUCUGCCCAUUGGUCUGUGGAAUUCCAUUCCAGAGGGAAAAGAAACUCUGUUGCUAUCAAUGGAAUUGUUUGAUGAUUCUUGUUCAGAAGCAGCAGCGUUUCCAACACACACAGUGUUAAUUUUUUCUGUACUGCACAAAAUGCAAUUGUUUUAUUCCUCCCUAUGCCCCAUUUCACAUGAUAUCCUUUGCCGGCAACGGACAUGUGAAAGCAGAGGCAGCAAGGAGUUAAUGAGCUCUGUCCUGUGGUACGCAAUGCCUCCUGAAAUACCCAGAACAUAGAGAGAGGUAUUAAUAUUCCCUUUUUGUAGUUCAUUUAAUUAAACCAACAAACAAAAAACAGAGAACAGAAACGUGUUUUCCAUGCUAUGAUGCCAGUACCAUGAAAUCAAAGAAAUGACAGGUUCAAUUUAUCAGCCAGGUAAAUGAUGGUUUCAAAUAUUUAGAUCUCAGCAAAAUAAUCCCUUUGGGUGUACAAAUGAUAUGGAUGGGUAAUUAGCACAUGGGGGCAAGUCAUAGGCAGUAGAGUCAGAUAUUUGGGGGUCGGGUGAGGGAGAAGAGGUGCAGACAGGAACUGGGACAUGCCUGUCCAUUGUGGCAGUUGCAUUCAUGAAGAGAAUGUGUGAGGGUGACUAACCUCAGUGUCUAAAUCCAAGGACCUUCCAGCUGCCCAGUUUAACUCUGGUGUAGCACUGCCUUCCGUGCAGCAUGCAACGUCUGCAUCAGGUCAUGCCCUCACUUUGAAGCAGGUUGCACUGGAACCUUGCCGUUACGGAAACAUUAAGAAGGUUUAAGUGGCUUAGUGAAUUGGCAGCACAACCAAUGACCCCACAGUUAUGACUCUGUGGUGGGGGCAGCUAUCCACUGUGGUGACCAGCACCUCAAUCGUGUGUUCUUUGGCUUUAGAAACUCCCCAAGUGUGACUGUUCUUGCACAGCUGCAUAACAAUCAGUGGCUCACUUAAGGAAUGGUCCCUGAGUGGCCUUUGCCAUGUGGCUAUAUCAUGCAAAUCAGACUCAGUUGCCCCCAAGUUACCAUUGUGACACCUAUUCAAGCUUCUUUUUCACCAAUGACUGGCAAAUACCGCUCAGCUCUUGCAGCCUCACGGGGCUCUAAUUUACCCACAAAAGUGCACUUUACUUGCAGUUUGCACACCAGGAACUGAAUUGGACCCAGUACACUAUUAAAUCACUGUGUAGCAUCCACUGGCUCACUCUCCUACUAUUACUGGGUACUCUGGCACCUUCCAACAAAGACACCAUUGGCCAGAUUUCCAAAAGUGCUGAGUGUUCUCCAGUUCCUGUUUUCCAUGGCACCUGCUAGGUGCUGAGCACUUCUGAAAAGCUGGCUAUGUAUCUGCUGCUACACCAUGCAGGGCUCAUUUCUCUUUCUGAAGAGCAAUGGUGGCUGCAAUCAGAGAUUUAAUCUCCCCUUCAGUACAAGUGAAUACUACUGAUAACGGUUUACAACAAGGGCGCCCAAACUACAUGACAGCAAGGCCCACAUUAGCAGCUCCUCAGGAGCAGAGACAUUUAGAUACAAAAUUUAUUACACACACCCCCAGACCCACACACAAAGGCCUAAUAUUUGCUUGUACAUGUAUCUUCAAUAGAUUAAAAUUGCCUGUUUGAGCUCACCAGCAAUAAAAACUUGUGAUUUAUCAGCUUUGUCCUCACUCUGCAACUUCUGGGAGAGGGUGGCCCAGAGCUGCAUUUUUGGAUACGAUGGGCCACAUUUAACCCUCGGGCUUCGCUCUGGGCACCUCUCUCAUAUUUCAAGAGCACCUUUCAUCCCAAAGGAUCCCCAAGCAAGUCACAAAAUAUAUACACUGGUGCCUUGUGCAUGAGAGCUGGCUCUAGCGCCAGUGUGGUGAUCGUUCCUGCUUCGAAGAACUUGCCAGUGCAGAACGGUUGAUAUUAAAGCAAAGUUAGCUAAACUGUUUGUUUAAUUUCAGAAUUAUGAUCUAGAUGCAGGGAUACAAUGUACCAGGUUGUGAAAAAUCUUCCCACUGCUUCUGGUCUAAGUCUGUUUUGUAAUUGAAAUCCUCCUUGCGUAGAGAUAAUCCCAUCAAGGCUUUGCUUGAACUACAAAUAGUUGUUUAAAAAUAAAAGUAAGUGAAG